AUGGUGACUAAGAAAAUCCGUACGGAGUACAUGAAGAAAUUCAAAGAGCCGAAAUGGGAGACGUUUUCCAAGUGCUACGAGGACUCAGUGAAGUACAGGUUGACUAGGCGGGUGAUGGAGCACGCUCACAAACCUCUGUGGUUCUGGGAGGGGUGGGAUACCUCAACCGGGUCAGACUCCAGCGCCAGUGGGCGGUCGACCCCCAAGGUGAGGAAUAAAGUCGCACCUGUAGACAUCAAACUUCAGACACCACCAGUGAAGUCAGAAUCAAGGGAGAGCCCGAAACCGAAGCCUCCUUCUGUGAAUGGGGAACCAGAAUUGGAGGCCAAGGAGUUUACCCUCUUGGAUGCACUACCACCCACAGAGUCUGUAAUAGAGAACGGGGGCGUAAACGAACCAGAUGAGGGGACAGUUAACGGGUCAGUAGUACAACAUGGUCCAGUGGCUGAAACGUCAACAGAUGAGGGACCAGCAGACAAGGCAUCAUCAGACGAGGAGCCGGUGAAGACUGAGCCUAAGCGUCGCCACCGCCAUCGUGUCCCUCGCUCAGAACCAUGUCAAAGGGACUGUUCCUGUGACGACAUCAAGCCUGUGCCUGUCAGGAAGCCCUCCAAAGCAAAGAGCCAGCCCCCAGCCAUCACCACAGAGAAGGAGAACAGACAACCUUCGUCCCGGCUCGACUGGGCAGAGAAACACGCGUCAUCUGCUAGGAGGUCUACAAAUGAGAGUCGCACAUCCGACGCAUGCGUCCAGACCAGACGGGAGUCGGAUAAACGCUGUUGGAAUGUGGACCGCAGGAGGGCACGGUCCGCCGACCUGGAGAAGAUACGGCGGUCGGAGUUGGCCGUGGUGGAUGACCGUUGGAUGACCGAGUACAUGCGCUGCUUCUCUGCCCGGUUGAGGUAGAGCACAAUGAUCAUGGGUAUUCCACCACCACCUGUCGACCAUUCUAUUUUUAAC